AUGGAGUGGAUGCCGACGUGGAUGAGGCCGGCAGUGUCAGCACAUGAGCGUGAGGAGGAAGGCACGCAGGGCUCGGAGAAGGACGUGUCGUUCGGUGCCGGAUUGCUUUUGGCGACUGCUCGCACGACGAAGACCAUUUUGGUCAGAUCGCCGUUUCUGGCCCUAGCGUUUUUCUUGAUUGUGCGGAUUGGGAGCAUUACGAAUUAUCCUCAUUAA